GGGGGGCCAGCGGCGCGCGGGCGGCGGGCCGGAGCGGAUCCCUCUGUAGCGGGAGCGAGCGAGCGAGCGGGGCCAGGCCGGGAGGCGGAGGCGGGGGCCGGGCCGGAGCAGCCGGCGCGGGGCCCAUGGCAGCGCCGGCCUGACCCGCCCUCGCUGUCCCUGCGCGGCUCGCUCUCCGCGGCACCAUGUUACCCAGCCAGGCCGGGGCCGGCAACGGCGCGGCCGCCCUGGCCCGCGGCUCCGGCAUGGCCCUGGCCCGGGCCGCCUCGGGCCGGCCGGGGGCCGGGGCGCCGCGCGGCGCGAACGGCGGCGGGGCGGGGGGCCGCGGCCCCGGCAACGGCGCGGGGCUGGCGGGGGCCCGCUUCGAGCGGGAGCGGGACCGGGACGCGGCGGCGGCGGCGGCGGGGGCCGGGCCGCUCUACAGCGGCAGCGAGGGCGACUCGGAGUCGGCGGAAGAGGACGAGCUGGGCAGCGGCGAGCGGCGCGGCCUGAAGCGGAGCCUGGGGGACGUGGAGCUGGGGGUGGUGGUGGGGCCCGAGGCGGCGGCGGCGGCCGCGGGCUACGGCGGGGUGAGCGGGGCCGUGAGCGGGGCCAAGCCCGGCAAGAAGACCCGGGGCCGGGUCAAGAUCAAGAUGGAAUUUAUCGACAACAAGCUGCGGCGCUACACCACGUUCAGCAAGCGGAAGACCGGCAUCAUGAAGAAGGCCUAUGAGCUCUCCACGCUGACGGGCACUCAGGUACUGCUGCUGGUUGCCAGCGAGACGGGCCACGUGUACACGUUUGCCACGCGGAAGCUGCAGCCCAUGAUCACCAGCGAGACUGGGAAGGCGCUGAUCCAGACGUGCCUGAACUCCCCGGGACUCGCCCCCAGGUCCGACCCCACCACCGACCAGCGCAUGAGUGCCACGGGCUUUGAGGAGACCGACCUCACCUACCAGGUGUCGGAGUCGGACAGCAGCGGCGAGACAAAGGACUCGCUGAAGCCUGCGUUCACAGUUACCAAUUUGCCGGGGACGACGUCGACCAUCCAGACCGUGCCCACCACCUCCACGUCCAUGCAGGUCAGCAGUGGCCCCUCCUUCCCGAUCACCAACUACCUAGCGCCAGUCUCUGCCAGCGUCAGCCCCAACACCGUCACCAGCGCCAAUGGGACAGUGCUCAAAACCACGGGCACCAGCGCCGUGGCCUCCGGAGGGCUCAUGCAGCUCCCCGGCGGCUUCACUCUCAUGCCAGGUGCUUCGCUCCCUCCUGGGACCCCUACCAUUCCUCUCACUCAGUUACAGUCGCACUCGCUGGCCCUCUCCAGCCAGCAGGGCCAGGCGGUCGCAGGCACAGCUGGACAGCUGCAGCAGGCACAGCAGACAGUCUUCCGCUUCCCUGCCACAGCCGGAGGGCAGAUUGUGUCUCUGACAGGAGGUACUGUGACGCAGCAGGUUCCUGUGCAGGCCAUCCAGGUGCAUCAGGCCCCACAGCAAACGUCUCCAUCCAGCGACAGCAGCACCGACCUUGUCCAGACCUCUUCCAGUGGAACAGUGACGCUGCCAGCAACGAUCAUGACUUCGUCUGUGCCAACCACGGUGGGAGGCCACAUGAUGUACCCCAGCCCUCACGCCGUGAUGUAUGCGCCCACCUCAGGCCUGGCGGACGGGGGGCUGACCGUCCUCAAUGCCUUCUCCCAGGCAUCCUCGGCGAUGCAGGUCUCCCAUGGGCAGGUCCAGGAUCAGGGUGCUGUCCCCCAGGUGUUCCUGACGGCCCCAUCGGGCACCGUUCAGAUUCCGGUCUCAGCCGUCCAGCUUCACCAGAUGGCCGUCAUUGGCCAGCAGUCCAGCAGCAGCAGCAGUAACUUGACAGAGCUGCAGGUGGUGAACUUGGACACGUCACACAGCGCCAAGAGUGACUGAGAGGCCCUGUGGUGCCCCGGCCUGGGAACUGCGGCAGCUGCUGCCCGCCGGGUGCCGUCUCUGGCCCGUGGGCUGCGGAGCGUCUCGCCGGCCCCAGGAUCGGCAGCGAUUCCCUCUCGUACGGACUGCGUCACUUAUUUAUUGUUGCCUUUUCACGUUUCCUUCACACACACACACGCACGCACACACAGGGCACGGGGUGGAACUGAGCCGGGGCUGGGCUGCGUUCGGACGCUGCGUUUCCUGUGCUUUUCUCACUCCAGCCAAAGAAACUCGCCUCUCGAGGGGAGGGCUCGCCCCGCCAUGUCAAUAAACAGCCUGCUGUCUGCCCCGGCUCCUUGCUGUCCAACCGGGCAUCUCCAGCUGCUGUUUGCCGGGAGUAUUAGCACCAAGCUGGGCACUGGCCCAGCGACGUGACGGGAGCAGCCCCCACCAAAGGAGCUCUCUUCCCAGGUCCAGUUCUCGCUCCCCUCUGCCCAUGUGCCAGGGAGGGGUAGGGCAGGUCCAGGCAGCUUGCCUUCAGCAUGGCCCAGCAGCAGGCUCCCUCCUGCAGACGGCAAGCUGCUCCAGGGGGUGCCCCAGGCUGAGCCUGCUCCCCCUGCCAAGAGGGAUGCAGGGGCAUCAGCAUCUUCCCCAGCUGCUCUCCUGCUGGCAGGGUGGGCUGGCCAGGACCUUCUCUGGCCCAGGUGGCAGCCCCAGGCCCAGCCUGCGUGGCAGAAAGCCCCCCAGCGGUGACAGUGCCAGGCCGUGGGCAAGAUACUGCCCUUGCGUGUAGCCCUGGCACUGCGGGGACACAGGAAAGUGAGCCCUUGGCUCAGUCACUACAGCCCCACCGGCCCCGUGCAGUGCCUCCUUGGCCUGGCGGGGGUCCCCGGGGGCCGGGGCGCUGUCCCAGCACCGUCCCCGAGGAGUGGGGCCGGAGGUUGCUUGGGGUUGAUGCUGGGAGGAACCGAGCUGGAAGCAAAUGGCGGUUUGCAUUUCCCAUGAUAAAUGUCUCUUGUUCCACCUGGCCAAGGCAGUUGCUUUUGUGCCCUCUGGACACUAGCGAGCUGCCUGGGAGCAAGGUAACCUGGGCGUGAGUCCCUGCCCUUCCUUCUCAGAAAGCCCUGCAGCCCGUGGACGUAAAUCAUCUCUGCUGGCUCAGCCGGGGGCCAGCAUGUGCUCUCUUUCGGGUGCCAGGGCUGGGAAGACCCAGGGAUGUGUUGGCAGGAUUGCUGUCUGUGCACCGCAGUGCUGCCUGGCUUCGGCCGGGGGCGCUGUCUGUGGCCGGGCACCGUUCCUGCUGUGGUUAGUGCUUUCCAAAGCACCAUUUCAACGGGAGAUGGAGAAACCAACUGAAACGUUAAAGGGAAAAACUGCAGGGCCCUGGAGCUGCUGCACAGCCUGGCCCAGGAGGCAAAAAAGGGGGCGGCGCGGAUUCCUUCAGGCCUCCAGGAGGGGAUAUGGGGUGCCCCAGAGGAAGGUGCUUGGGUGGUGUGGAUGCCGCAGGAGGGGGGCGGCUUCGCUCGGAGGGAGCGUCCUGUCCUGCUGGGGAGCAGAGAACGUAGGUUGCAGUGAGUGGCUCUUUGGGGCAAGAGGAGGCUGCUGACUCCUUCGGGAACGAAGCCGCUACUGUAACUUUUUUAAAUUAAAGACAAGAAGCCUUGAAAAAAAAAAGACUUUAUUUUUCUAAGUGUUAAACUCAGUAUUUAUGUAAUUCUCCAAGGAAUUAAAGUCCAGCUCCUGUACAGUUUUCAUGGGGUUUGUACCACGGUGGGGGUGGGGGGUAGGGACAGGAAGGGGCCUUGCUUUUUAAUAUGUAUUGUAACCUUGGACAUGGUUCCUCCAGCAUUAGCGUUUAAGCUGCCCCCCCCCCCCCCCGACAUGCCCACAGGUGCUAGGCGUUGAAUGGGGGCCAGCUCAGCCAUUCCUGCCGGUUCUGAGCGCGCCUGCGUCCUUUGUACCAGUCUGGCCGCGCUACUGCCCUGGCGUGGCCUGCGUGGUGGGCAACAGUCUAGCCUCUGGCCCCCAGGGAGCAGGGAGGGGCUGCCGGGCUGGCUCCUGCUGAGAUGGGUGCAGGGGGGUGGGGGAGGAUGGGGCAGAGAGUUCACACCCCAGUGGGGGAAAAGGGGAGAGGCUGGUGUGAGGCGCCCCAGCCCUUGAGGGCCCUGUCUGGUGUCGGCUGGGGUAUGCCUCGCUGCACAGCUGGAAUUGGAACGGUGCCCUCAGAGCUGAGGAGGGGACAGGGCCUAAGGGGCUGUCUGCCCUUGGCACCCCAUUCCCUAAAGCUGCUGUCAGUCUGGGAAACAAGUGCCUCCAGCAAUGUGUUUUGAGACCGCUUUGGGAGAAGUUUCCAAUGUCCCUGUGAAGCCUUAAUUCUCCCUGAGCUGGGCAAGAGGCCAGCACCCAGGCCUGGGUGGGCGAGACGUCAGAGUUUCAGGCUGCUGGCUCUCCUGUGCCCCCGGGGGCCGUUCUCUGCCCCUGGCACCCCUCCCGGUAACACUGGCAGAUAUGGCUCUCUCUCCCUCUCGCCUGCCGCUUUGAGGAGUGGGGUCGGCCUCUCGCUAGCUCUCUCCUCGUGCUGUUCCCUGGUGAGCAGGGCAGGUCCCCUGGGGAGUGUGGACAUGCUAGGACCAGUCAUUCCUCUUAGCGCUGGGGAGCUCCCCGGAGCCUUUCCUCCGAGCCAGGCUCUCCACUCCCCUCUGUCUGCGCAGCUCCUGGUUCCAAGCAGCGCCUGACCCAUUGUGGGGCCGUGUAACGGGGGGUGGGGGGGGGAGGACGCAGAGCCCAGCCAUGGUUUAGGACGAUAUGCCCAGGUCUCUCUGUGGUACAGGGCCACUUUUCCAGGCAGCAACUUCCCCCUGGUGUUGCUAACCAGGAGUCAGCCCAGGGCAGGGAGGGAGUCUGGAGCUGUUGUCUGGCCUUUCCCCCCUGUUUUUCUCGGGCUGGUGCUGUGAAACUGACCCCCUGGCCAGAGCUGGAAUGAGUUGGAUUAAAGCCCCCGUGCAAGGUCAGGAAAUGCUCCCCCUGCCCUCCAAAGGAAAUGCAGGUUAAACGCUAAUGUUGCAUUUUAUUUAAAGUGCGGACUUGUCAGAACACUUGUGUAUCAGGGAUGAAAUGGCAUUUAUUGUGUGGUGACCUUUUUAGUUCCUUUUAUUGAUUGUUUUGGGGUUUGUGUGUGCAAGCGUGUGCUUGGUUGUGUGCGUGCGUCCGUGUGUGUGGUGGUUGUGGGGUUUUGUUUUGUUUUUGUUUUUUUUAAACGUUUCCAGGGUUGUGUUUCUGGAAGGAUGUGGAAGUAAUCACAGUACUAUGUACAGAGCUUUCUUUUGUAUUAAAAAAUACUCUUUCAAUAAAUGUAUCAUUUGUGCACAGA